AGGCAUUCGGUCGAAUUCCCAAGAUAUCUGGUUAGACCAGGAUUUCGCAAUCGCAAAAAUUAAGAACUUGUCUCCCGGCUGCUUAAUUGCCUGUGAUAAAAGAUUUAUAAACCGGAGUGCUCAAGUAGCUUUAUCAAAUACUCGGUCGCUACUUUAUCGCAAUGAACGACGAUAUAAAAACCGUGACGGUUUACCCAACAACAUUGGAAUUAACGACCCCAACAAAACCAGCGAAUGGCAGUAACGAUGAUUAUGAUCCUCAUCAGCACCGCGAUGUGAAGAAUCCCACGACAAACUGGCAGACCUUUGCCCACUUUCUGAAGGCCUCUGUGGGCACUGGGGUCUUGGCCAUGCCCAGUGCUUUUGCCCAUGCGGGAUAUGUAAAUGGCACCAUUCUCACACUGAUCAUUGGGUCCUUGGCCCUGUAUUGCCUGCAUAUUUUGAUCAAAUGCAUGUACAUCUUGUGCAAACGACAACGAGUUCCUUAUGUCAGCUUCUCACAGGCCAUGAAUCUGGGCCUCAAACAAGGUCCACCCUGGCUGCGUUGUUUGGCCCCCAUUGCCAUACCCUUUGUAGAUGGCUUCCUGGCCUUUUAUCACUUUGGCAUCUGUUGUGUCUAUGUUGUUUUCAUAGCUGAGAGCAUUAAGCAGUUGGUUGAUGAAUAUCUUGUGGUUUGGGAUGUCCGAAUACACAUGUGUAUAAUUAUAGUGCCACUCCUGCUGAUAUACAUGAUCAAGAAUUUACAAUUACUGGCGCCAUUCUCCAGUGCAGCAAAUCUUCUUCUGCUUGUGGGUUUCGGCAUCAUUUUGUACUAUAUAUUUGAGGAGUUACCUCCUUUAAGUGAACGAAAGCCUUUUGUGGCCGUUGCAAAGUUGCCUACAUUCUUUGGCACAGUACUUUUUGCACUGGAAGCUGUAGGUGUGAUUUUAGCAAUUGAAGAAAAUAUGGCCACGCCCAGGGCUUUCGUACGCCCCUGUGGAAUUAUGAAUGGUGGCAUGUCCAUAGUUUUGGGUUUAUACGUACUCCUCGGAUUCUUUGGUUACUGGAAAUAUGGUGAUGAGGCCCUAGGCAGUAUUACACUCAAUAUUCCACAGUCUGAAAUACCCGCCCAGGUGGUAAAGGUAUUCUUUGCUAUCACUACCUGGAUUUCAUAUGCCCUACAGGGUUAUGUUACUGCCCAUAUCCUGUGGGAUAAAUACUUGGUCAAACACUUUAAGGAAUCCAGACAGACAAUUUAUGAACUGAUCUUCAGGGCUAUUUUUGUGCUGCUCACUUUUGGUUGUGCUGUGGCUAUUCCGGAUCUGUCGGUCUUUCUUUCCCUUGUUGGAUCCUUUUGCCUGUCGAUCCUGGGCCUAAUCUUCCCCGCAUUGCUCCAGAUCUGUGUCCAAUACACCGAGGGCUAUGGACCAUUCCGCAUAAAAUUGAUUAUCAACCUGCUGCUUUUGUGCUUUGGAGUUUUUGGCGGGGUUGUGGGCACCUAUGUGAGCAUUGUGGACAUUGUUGAGGUCUACAAAUAAACUUAGAGUUUCAGCUUGCUCAAUAAA